AUGAGCUUUUUCAACUUUUUCCGUGUAUUGAAUCGAAAGGCUCGCAGAUCACUUUCCGGAAGGGUCAAACAACAAUCUCGUAUGAGUAGUGUGUCAUCAUCUUCGCAAGACGUCUCAUUCACCUCGAGCACAUCUUCAUCAAAGUACCGAUACGACGGUGGUCGUCGUUACCAUGGAGACGAGAAGGUAGCCUAUCUAUUGCCAAAUGACAAUGAAGAGGAUGAUCGUAUGCAUCAACAACAUUGGCUUGUUGCACUUGCUUUUGGUUCCCACUUCGACUCGCCGGUGCAAGCGGAGCUCGAGGCAGGUACCAACGUGCUAGAUUCUGCUUGUGGACCAGCUACUUGGGCAAUGCAAAUGGCAAAGGCAUAUCCCAACAGCAAAGUAUAUGGCACGGAUAUCUCCGAACGAUUCCCGGAUUCGAUCAAACCCAGUAACUGUGAAUUCCUUGUGCACAACAUUGUUGAGAACCCUCCUUUUCCCAAUGACUAUUUUGGGUUCAUUCACCAAAGGUUUUUACUUCUCGGUAUUGCAAAGAAGGAUUGGCCACAGAUAUUGGCACACCAUUUGCGUACUCUUAAGCCUGGCGGGUGGAUUGAGUUGACCGAGCUCUCAUACGCAAAACUCGUCAAUGCAGGCCCAAAGGCACAGCUGACAUUCGAUACUGCUAUCACUGUCAUGAAUAAGGGUGGGAUGGACAUUGACCUUGCCAACAACUUGGAGCCUAUGUUGAAGGAUGCAGGAUUUGUAAAUGUGCAAACACGAUCAUUUGAUAUGCCCAUGAACCAUGGUGGUAAGGUGGGCGAGCUUUUCUGGGAUGAUUUCCAACAAGGCUAUCACUCAGCACGACCCAUUUGGGCAAAAAUCCAUCCUGACAUUGCAGCACCAGGCACCUUUGAAAAGUACAUUGAGGAGACUGGAGAGGAAUGCAAACAAUACCAAACUUGCGUGCCCUUUACUCGGGCUUUUGCACAGAAACCACCACUUGCUUAG